UAAAAUGGAAGAGUAUAAACGGAGUCGCAACUCGCAAGGCCGGCAAGGCAAGCAAAAGCUGCUGACACAGCACUCCUAUCUGCUCAACCACUUGCUUGGCUUCCUCUGCUCCGGCGACCGGGCGGCCGGCCGGCCGGCGGCGAGAGGUAGCGCCAGGGGCACAGGGCUGCAAUUGGAACCUGAACUUGAAAGCAAGUUGUGCAAGAGGACAGAAAAGAAUCAGUCUGAAUAUGGCUGCCUCAAAGCUUCAGGCCUUUUGGAACCAUCCUGCUGGCCCCAAAACAAUUCAUUUCUGGGCCCCAACAUUCAAAUGGGGUAUCAGUAUUGCCAAUGUUGCUGACUUUGCCAAACCUCCUGAAAUGAUAUCCUACCCUCAGCAAGUUGUUGUGGCUUGCAGUGGAGUAAUUUGGGCACGGUGGGGCAUGGUCAUCACACCUAUAAACUGGAACCUCUCCAGCGUGAAUGCUGCAAUGGCCGUGACAGGCGUGUGCCAGCUUUCCCGUAAGAUAAGGCACGAUUACUUCUCUGAUGAGAAGAGUGCUACUGCGUCGCUGGAAGGAUGAUAGGAAGAAGAAGAAAUUGUUGUCAUGGAAUGGAACACUAAUUUCAUUAUCAGUCGACCAGCACAGUGUUCACUGUGAAUGUGUCCGCUUCCAUGAUAACAAAUUAACAAUCCCAUGUGUGUGUAUGAUCAUUAUGAAUUGGGCUAUGGGUAUGAAAUGUUUUUAUACCCUUUGGUAUACAGAUAGUAAGCGAGUCUGAACUUAACUGAAACGGACUUGGUUUGAGUUCAGCUCGAAGUACACUCGAAUUAAACUUAACUCGAACGGCCUUAACUGAAACGAGAGAGCUCCCUUCCUCUGUGCCA